UAGAGGGGGUCAGCCGAGUUCAUGCUAUUGUGACUGAUUACGUGUCAAAGGGCUGUGUCAAGUGAUAAGGACUUUUUGGAUAUUUCUUCUGUUUUGGCAAAGAGCCAAGUACCUACCUACUAAAUAAUGAGCGGUCGAAUCAGUGUGGUAAAAUGGCCGCUACGAAAUGUCCGUGGCGCUCGACUUAUAACAACGAGUACCCAAAACACAAAACCGACUGAGAGUGCAUUAGAAAUCAGUCAAAAACCAGCUCAAACAUGUCCGGUAAAAGGAUUUCGCGCGAGAUCCACUCAUGCGGCGAUCGACACGUCCAUUUUUGACAUGGCUCCAUCUGUCAAGUCGUGGAAUGAAGUACCUGGGCCACGUCCAUUACCGUUCUUAGGCAACACUUGGCGAUUCACACCUUAUAUCGGAGGAUAUUCAGUAGAGCACAUAGACAAAGUGUGUCUGUCUUUGCGAGCCGAAUAUGGAAACUGUGUGAAGGUCACUGGUCUGCUUGGAAGACCUGAUAUGCUGUUCGUCUUCGAUGCCAGUGAAGUGGAAAGAGUGUUCAGGGGUGAAGACGCAGCACCGCAUAGACCAUCGAUGCCAUCUUUGAACUAUUACAAACACACAUUGAGGAAAGACUUUUUUGGCGCUGAAGAAAAUUGUGCUGGGGUUAUUGCAGUCCAUGGUGAUUCCUGGUCUGCCUUCCGAACCAAAGUAUCUCGGGUAGCGUUGAGCGCUGGUGCAGCAGCUCAGUACACGGUACCUGUCUCUGAAGUAGCUGAUGCUUUUGUCCAAAGAGUACGACAAAUAAGGGAUGAUAAUUCAGAAACGCCGGGCGAUUUCCUGAAUGAGGUCCACAAAUGGUCUUUGGAGUCUUUAGGACUAAUAGCUCUGGACACAAGACUGAACUGUUUUGACGCGUCAGAAGACUCAGAGAGUAUGCGCCUGAUUCACGCCGUACAGACUUUCUUCCUAAGUGUGGGUCAGCUCGAACUGCGCGCCCCCUGGUGGAGGUUAUACCCAACUAAAAUGUUCAGACAAUAUGUUAAGGCAUUGGAUACAAUCCUUAGCGUAACUCUCAGUCACGUGGAGAAGGCGCUAAAGGAAUGCGAAGCUAACGGCAGCAGCAAGUCACUGCUGCAGGACCUGGUCGCAGCAGCUGGGCCAAGAGUGGCAGCGGUAGCAGCACUAGACCUGUUCCUAGUAGGAAUUGACACAACGUCAAAUGCAGUAGCUUCAAUUCUAUAUCAGCUAUCUCUAAGGCCGUCAGUACAAGAGCGGUUGUACGAAGAAGUUAGCAAAGUUCUUCAAGGUAGACCAAUGAAGCCAGGAGACGUUAAUCAGAUGCCGUAUCUGAAGGCAUGCGUUAAAGAAGUUAUGAGGAUGUACCCUGUUGUCAUCGGUAAUGGAAGGCAGCUGACUAAGGAUACUGUCAUUUGUGGAUAUAAUAUACCUAAGGGGACUCAAGUAAUAUUCCAACAUUACGUGAUGGGGAACAGUGACGACUACUUCUCCAAUGCGUCAGAGUUUAAACCAGAGAGAUGGAUGACCAGGUCUCCGGCACAGAAACACCACGCCUUCGCCUCCCUACCAUUCGGCUACGGCAAACGAAUGUGUCUUGGUAGAAGAUUCGCUGAGUUGGAAAUACAUACAGUAAUUUGCAAAAUGAUACAAGCCUUCAAAAUGGAGUAUCACCACGAACCAAUGGAUUACCACAUUCAUCCAAUGUACACACCGAAUGGACCUAUCAGAAUAAAAAUGACGGAUCGGUAGAUCUACUACUUGUAUGUUACUUAGUUUUAGCAUCGUAUUGAUCUAGGAAUGCUAAAAGCAAGCUAGAUUCAAAGCUCAAUUAUUUAGUUGCAAUAAAAUUAUAUUAAAAUUCUUUUGAGACAUUUUAAAUUGACUGUGCUUAACCCGCGGCAGUUGGCAGUCGAAAACUUCAUCGGCGCCCUCUGGUAUGUCGUGCAAUGCUGCUCAUGAAUACGAGCCCCCAACGUGACACGAAACUAGUCGAGUUGCCUCGUCAAACAGUUUCGUGAAAAAACCGUUAAACAGUUAUUUUUUUGUGUUAUAGUUUUAUUAAAUUUGAAGUAAUAUAAUGGUUUUUUCAUCUGUCCUAGGGUAGAUUAUAAUGAUAAAAAUAUUGUGUUUGUAUAUUUUUGUUCACAUUCUAUUUCUCAGGAUUAAUUUAUUACUGUAUACCCAAAACUAAACUUAAUCUGAUUAUUAGUAUGUAUGACAUGACUUUCAGGUGAUCUUGUGUUCAUUAAGUUACCAUUUUAUUGUAACAUAUUAUGUAAAUAUUGUAUUUCAAAUUUAUCCUCGGGAUAUAAUAAUGUU